AGAAAACCUGUAAACGUAAGAAAAGGAACAAGGAGAAGAGAAGUUAACAUGGCAACAACUAUCUCAUUAUCAGAACUGAUGAAUCAGAAAGGCCAGGUACCUUACACCAAGAGUUUAAAGGUCAAGGUUAUUGCUAGGGAGAAAGAAUUCUCAUACAAAAAUGAAAAGAAUGAGGACCGUGUCCUGGUCAACUGUGCUGUUGCUGAUAAGUCCACAGCCAUUAAAUGCACAGUUUAUGAUGCCUCCAAAUUCCCAAGGUUCACAGAGGGAAAAUCCAUUAUCCUGAGAAACAUCAUAAAGAAAGUCGAUGCUGUGAUGGUCACCACAAACACCAAGGUGUUUCCUUGUGGUGAUGUGGGCGUGCCAAACGAGAUAGUUAGAAAGGCACAAAUUAUACUAAAUCCUCCCCCUGCACCCACAAAACCAGUCAGUGAGGCCCUGAAUUCACCCCCAAAAGUGCGGGUGUCCAUUAAAGGGAGAAUCAUGCAGGAGGAAGCCACAAGAGAGGUAUUUGUAAGAGAGGAGAGGGUGAAAGUGAAAAAUAUUUUCAUUGAAGACUCCUCCAGCAAAUGCAAAGUUGCACUAUGGCGCAACUUUGCAGACAAAGACAUCCGCCCAGGUGACUACGUCCACAUCACAGAUGUUGUUACCAACACAUUUAGGAAUGAGGUGUCCCUUACAACCACCACUAAAACUAAAAUUUCCAAGACAGAUUGUCCUCCAGAAGUGAAGAUAUAUAAUGCCAUUUCUGUGUGUCUGGACGGAGACGAAAUGACCUUCCUCCUCCAUGAUGACAGCAUACUUUGCAUUCCAUUUGAGUUGGUGGAAGUCGCUCUUCCAGAGGUGAAAAAGGGAGACAUUGAAACCCACAUCUUAAACAGAUGUAAACCAACACUGUCUUUGAGGUGCACUUCGAAGGGCAGUAGGGUUACAAGUGUUGAACUUAUGUAAAAGUUGUUCAGGGUGUGCUGUUUUAGUAAUAACCGUGAUAAAGAAGUCAAGUUUAUUUGGAUAUGAAAUAGUGUCAAAGUCAAAAUUCCAGAUGAAGCAUUGAUUUUCUUUCGAACCUUAUCCUGACGCUUAUAUGGCAACUGACACUGAGUUUGUGUCUGUUUUGUCACUUCUUAUGUGAACCGAGUGAACACUAUAGUUAACAUUAACAAAUGUGAUAAACAUAUAUUAUAAAGAACUAUACUGCAUGUAUUGUAAGUUCUUUACUUUUCUUACUUUGCUUCAGAUAUUUCAUUUGUUUUGUUUUGUCAAAAUCCUGUGUACAUGUAUUCAACAUGUUAUAUUUACUGUUAACUUUUUGACAGUAAGAAAUCCUGCUUUUUCAAUUCAAGGCAACAUGCUACAGAGCAAUUCCUUCAAUGUUUAAGACUUUUUGUAUUCACUAGUGCAUUAUUUACAUACAAUUUUGUUGUGCAUGAUAUCAAUUUUAUAUCACAGAAAAGUGUUCAACAAUUUCAGUGUGCAGUAUGAACAUAUCCCGAGAGUCAUUUACAGUUUGCCUCACAAUUUUUCAAUUAGUGCUAGAAUAUGAUGCAAAAACCAAUCAGGAUGAGCAAUCAAAUGGCAGUUCCAGCCUAAACCCCCAUCUCAGAUUUUUUUCAAAAUAGUACCAAAAAACAAGAUGCCA